AUGUCGAAGAAGGAGAAACCGCUGCAUUCGCUCAUCGCAGGGACGACCGCGGGAGCGGUCGAGGCGUUCAUCACGUACCCCACCGAGUUCGUGAAGACGCGGUCCCAGUUCAGCGGGAAGAGACAAAGUCCUAUAGCGAUCAUCCGGGAUACGUUGAAGACGAAGGGUGUUAUAGGCCUUUACUCAGGAUGCAUGGCGUUGGUCAUCGGCAACGCUGUGAAGGCAGGCGUACGCUUCGUAUCCUACGACCACUUCAAGCACGCCCUCGCAGACGCUGAGGGCAAAGUCUCCCCACCUAGGAGUUUGCUCGCCGGACUGGGGGCGGGGAUGAUGGAAGCCAUCUUUGCUGUAACGCCCUCGGAAACCAUCAAAACGAAACUCAUCGACGACGCUAAAAGCCCGAACCCGCGUUUUCGCGGGCUCAUUCAUGGCACGGCUGUGAUCGUGCGAGAAGAAGGUCUGCGAGGUGUCUAUCGUGGACUGUUUCCAGUGAUGAUGCGGCAAGGCGCGAAUUCGGCGGUGAGGUUUACGACGUACACGACCCUCAAGCAGAUGGUGCAAAGCCAGGGCCGGCCGGGCCAGUCCAUCUCGAGCGCGACGACGUUCGGGAUCGGGGCCAUCGCGGGGCUGGUGACCGUGUAUACGACCAUGCCCCUAGACGUCAUCAAGACGCGGAUGCAGAGCCUUGAGGCGCGACAAGCGUACCGGAAUUCGUUCCACUGUGCGUACCGGAUCUUCACAGAGGAGGGCAUCCUGCGAUUCUGGACCGGGACGACGCCGCGCCUGGCGAGGCUAGUGCUGAGCGGAGGGAUUGUGUUCACAGUCUACGAGAACAUUAUCAAGUUCAUCGGGGGCAGGGAUGUGUGA